UCUCUCUCUAUUCUCAUCCACCAACUUACUUUAAAAGCAGACUAGUUGGCCUCUUUUUGAAGAAAAUCGAUCCUUGUAUCACUCUUCUACUUCUCUUCAGUCUUCAUCAAACAAAAGCUACCACAUUUUAUUCAAAUUAUUCUCCAAUUAGCCAUGAAAGGAAUGGAUAUUUUCUGCGCAUCUCCAGCUUCCACAGCCAUUUGCUCUAGCCUGGAUGCCGUGGUCCGCCGAGGCCCCAGACCCCUUGAUCAUGGUCAUUAUCAUCGUCUUCAUGAUCACGAUCAACGGAAAAACCAACCUCAUCAUCAAACUCACCAUGCCCCUUGCUCAUCUCAGUUACCUAUUGAUCCCAAACCAUUUUACGAAAUAUGUAGAAAGAGUUUUUCUAGUCCACAAAGGCAGCUACGUACAAAAAGCUCUGCUGAGAUACAUGACUUAACAAGGACUAAGAGUGCCAAUGGCUCUUCUUCUUCUCCUUCUCGGUUCCUCUUAAGUGACUCGCCCUUCAUUGACAGGAUAUCGGAGCCCGAUUGUAAGAAUGUCUCUGCAGCUGCAUUUGUUCCUCCUCAAGUACCCUCUAAGCCUAGAGACUCGAUGAGCUCAAAUGUUCCUCCUCAAGUACCCUCUAAAGUACCCUCUAAGCCUAGAGACUCGAUGAGCUCAAAUGUUCCUCCUCAAGUACAUUCUAAGCCUAGAGUCUCGACAAGCUCAAAUGUUCCUCCUCAAGUACCCUCUAAGCCUAGAGGCUCGAUGAGCUCAAAUGGUCAUUGUAGUACUGUUUUGAAGUCUUCUUCUACUAGUUCUCGUCACCAGGUUGUUGUUUUGAGGGUGUCACUGCAUUGCAAGGGUUGUGAAGGAAAAGUGAGAAAACACCUCUCUAAAAUGGAAGGAGUGACUUCAUUUAGCAUAGAUUUCCAAACAAAGAGAGUCACUGUGGUGGGGGAUGUCACCCCAUUAGGUGUGCUCUCAAGUGUAUCAAAGGUGAGGAAAUCCCAGCUCUGGCCUUCUCCAACAUCAUCAUCACCAUCACCAUCCUCUCGGUUGCCAGCGUCAACUACUCCUAAACCCUAAAUUAAUUAAAUCAGUUCUCUUUUUAUGUUAUAUAUUCUCUGCCAAAUUUCAAGUUUCCAGGCUUGCGUGUGUGUGUAAUUUGCAUGAUUAUUAUUUUUAACUAAAUAAUCGAUUGUUAAUCAAUAAUCAAGUUUAAUAUCUCAUAUGUAAAUGCAAAACCCUAGUAUAUUUUUAAGGGAUCUGAAUCAAAGUCUCU